AUGAUGAACGGCAUGGAAAAGUCGGACUUUGAUGAGGACAAGUUUGGUCCUAAGGAGGGUGGAAACUUGGUAGCUGCUUUUGAUGCGUUCCCCAAGUCAAAACCGCAAUACAUCCAACGAACAUCCGGAGGUGGAAAAUGGACUGUCGCCGUGUCCAUCAUCUCACUCAUCCUUAUCUGGGGUGAGCUUGGCCGCUGGUGGCGCGGUGCCGAAUCUCACAACUUCGAAGUUGAGGCUGGUGUCUCGCGGCAAAUGCAGAUUAACUUGGAUGUUGUGGUUAAGAUGAACUGCGAUGAUCUCCAUGUUAACGUCCAGGAUGCUUCUGGUGAUCGAAUCAUGGCGGCCAAGAAGCUGCGUUUCGAUAAGACUCUUUGGGGACAGUGGGCCGACAACAAGGGCGUUCACAAGCUUGGCCGGGACGCUCAAGGUCGAGUCGUUACUGGUGAUGGAUAUAACGAGCCCAAGUAUGAUUAUGAGGAAGAAGGUUUCGGCGAGGAGCACGUUCACGAUAUUGUUGCGCUUGGAAAGAAGAGGGCUAAGUGGGCGAAGACACCCCGAUUCAGGGGCAACGCCGAUAGUUGCCGUAUCUACGGAAGUUUGGACUUGAACAAGGUGCAGGGUGAUUUCCACAUCACAGCUCGAGGUCACGGUUACAUGGGUCAUGGCGAGCAUCUCGACCACAGCAAGUUCAACUUUUCGCACAUCGUCUCAGAGCUUUCUUACGGUCCCUUCUACCCUUCGCUCGUCAACCCUCUCGAUGGUACAGUCAACACAGCCGAAACCAACUUCCACAAGUUCCAGUACUACCUUUCUGUCGUCCCCACCGUCUACAGCGUCAACUCCAAGUCUAUCCUUACCAACCAGUACGCCGUGACCGAGCAGAGCAAGGCCGUGGACGAGCGAUGGAUUCCCGGAAUUUUCGUCAAGUACGACAUCGAGCCCAUUCUGCUGACAGUUCACGAGAGCCGCGACGGCAUUAUCAGCCUGUUGGUCAAGAUCAUCAAUAUCAUCAGCGGUGUUCUCGUCGCUGGACACUGGGGCUUCACGAUCAGCGACUGGAUCCACGAGGUCAUUGGUCGCCGACGACGCAGCAACGGUGGAACUGGUUUCCUGGGAACCAAGGAGGGUUAUGAUCAGUGA